AUGACGUGCCCUAGCCCUGGUAGUUUUGAUCCGACCAUACUUAAGGAGCUGAGUUGUUUUUACUCAGGAAUGCACACCACUGUAUGGCCGGUGUUAAAACAGUUGUGGACAUAUCAGUGUAAGAUAAAGAUAUUUGGCCAACCAGAAUCCCAAAUCCAACCAUCACUUUUCCUGAUUGAAGAGGUCAUCCCCCAAUUAGAGGAAGUGUCAUUUAGCAGUGAUGGCAUUGCAAUGAUAUGUGGUGGCCAGUUUGCGUCAGACUUCUUUUGUCAUAUAAAACUCCUUCGCAUUACUUGCUACCUCGAUGAAUCAGCUGUUUUUCCCUUUUUUUUCCUCCGAAGAUUUUACAAUCUGGAAGUGCUUGAGGUGAUUGAUUGCAACUUCAAAGAGCUGUCUCCUCACGUUGGUAAUGUUAGUGAGGAUAAAGAAGUCCGGACUCUCAAACUUAAAAAGUUAAAAUUGGAUUAUCUGCAAAAGAUAAUACAUCUAUGGAAGCAAGGCUCACCACUGGGUCAUAUUUGUGCAAGUCUUGAGACUCUUGAAGUUUGGGGAUGUGACAGUUUGAUUAAUUUAGGAGCAUCAUCUGCAUCUUUUGAAAAUCUUACAACUUUGGAUGUCUGGGAGUGCAAAGGGAUGGUAGAGUUGAUGACAUCUUCCAAAGCCCAAAGUUUGGUGCGUCUUGUCACAAUGACGAUGAGAGAAUGUGAAAUGAUGAAGGAAGUAGUUGGGAGCGAGAGAGAUGAUGAAUCAACAUACGAGAUUGUUUUCAGAGAGUUGAAAUGUGUGGAACUUCAUUGCUUACCAAGCCUCAGAAGCUUCUGUUCUGAGAAUUACAUCAAGUUCCCAUCAUUGGAACAAGUGACUGUGAGUGAGUGUCCUAGUUUGAAGAGCUUUUGUCAGGGUGCUUUAUGCACACCAAAACUAGAAAGAAUACAACUAAACAGGACGGAUUAUGAGGGGCGUUGGGCUGACCUUGGUGCCACCAUAGAACAGUUAUACAUGGAACAGAAUGUUCAAAUUUCUGAAGAAAAAACUGAGGAUACCAUCUAG